ACCACCAUUAUUUGUUUAUUCAUGUUUAUUUAUUAUUGUAUAUAUAUAUGGGUGUGUGUGUGUGUGCGUUUAUAAUAUAAAUUUGUCAGUCUAAAUUAUAAACAAAUUGUUUGUCCAUUAUGAAAGUAGUAAUAACUUUCGCGUGGUUAUUUAUAUUUAAGUAUCUUUAAUUAGAAGAUAGUUUAUAAUACUUCAACAACCUUGAUGUUUGUUUUUCUUAUCCUUUUAAAAAUUUAUAGGAGUUUUGAAUGCAAUAAAUUAUUGUGGUAUAAAUUAAUCAUUAUGACGACUGGACCAAUUUCGUCAGCUGCGUCGGCAGUACGUGAUUUACUCUGUUAUGCAAACUCAUUAAAUGAAACACACUCUUCAUUUGACAUAGGAGGUGCUGGUGUCGAAGCUACUUCAGGCUCAGCAGCUACUAGGUAUUUAGAUACGUAUCACGAUGGAAGGGAAUGCUGCACAAAGGGUAUACAUUCUGAUAUGUCCUGUGAAGUUGAUCGUCUGGCAACGUUUAAGAAUUGGCCGCGUGAGUCGACAAUGACUCCAAGCACUCUCACAAGAGCUGGAUUCUUCUACACUGGUUCUGGUGACAUGGUGAAAUGCUUCUCAUGUAAUGGUAAAAUUGAAGAUUGGGAGUUUGGUGAUUCAGCAAUUGGAGAGCAUAAACGAUUCUUUCCUAACUGCAAGUUUGUUCGAGAAAAAUACAUGCAGAAUCAGUUGCUGUGGAACCAGGGAGCAUCGGGAGGACCACCAAACAGGCCUUCUGAUCGAUUAGCAAGUGAAUAUUUCCGCGUCUUAACGUUCCUACCCUGGCCACACCUUAGCCCAAUAGAACGUCCCUGCCCAAUACAAGCACAAGCAUUGGCCAGAGCCGGGUUCUACUACGUACAAACGAAAGAUAUAGUGAGGUGUUUUGCUUGCAUGGGAGAAAUAUCAAAUUGGGAGUGCGUGGACAUUCCUAUGGUACAGCACAAAAAUAUGUUCCCUGGCUGCCCAUUCGUUCGGGGUGAGGAUAUUGGUAAUGAAAGGCUGACUACAGUAAAUGUCAUCAAUAUUCAACAGGCUCUCAUCUAUCAAGAACCAGCCACCAAACUGCCCCAACAGGAGAACGAAAAUCCAAACCACGUUGGUCAACUGCGACAGACAGCUAAAUUGACUGACGAAUGGCCAUACUUGAUAUCAAACCCCUUGGUACGAGCCCAGCGCCAUCCUCUCUGCAUAAAUUCUUCGGUGCAUUCAUCAGAGGCUGGU